UAAGACAAACCCUCAAAACCCUACAUCUUCGUCAAUGCGUUAAUACGUGCCUCCAAAACCCUCCAAACGUUACUACGUUAUAUAUAUACAGAGGUUUUCGACUCCUAUAUCGUCCCAAUACAAACAAUGGCUUCUGCGGGACGGCUCCUAGGUCCACCGGCCGCCGGAGACCUCUCUUCCACACAAAACGCCGGUGUUGGCUCUAUUGUCUCUCGAAUCGACGAUCUCCAUCUGACCGGAAAACUACUAAACGACGAUGAUUACGAUGAUGCCUAUGGCUAUGGAUCCUAUGACGAGGAACUCCCGAUGGGUUUUACGGAAAACCUCUCGCCGACGUUUUUGUCGACCGGAAACCCUUGCCUGGACUUCUUCUUCCAAGUGGUGCCCGAUACCCCGUCGGAGUAUCUGAUCCAACAGCUCCAACUGGCCUGGGCCCACGACGCCCUGACCACCCUGAAGCUGAUAUGCAAUCUGAGGGGUGUGAGAGGCACCGGGAAGUCAGAUAAAAAAGGGUUCUACACCUCUGCUCUUUGGCUCCACAAAACCCACCCUAAAACCUUGGCUCUCAAUGUCAAGGCACUUGCUGAUUUCGGGUAUCUCAAAGAUUUGCCGGAGAUUCUCUAUCGGCUUCUCGAAGGCCCCGAUAUCAGAGAACGCGCAAAGCAAGCCUGGGAGCAGAGGAAGAUGGAGAAAAAAAUUGUCCGGAGUAGGAAACGUUUUUCGCGGAUAAGGGCAAGUUUUCGGCAGAAAACAAAGUCUGGGAAAUUUAAGAGAAGAGGUAGUAAGGGGGGGAAGAGGAGGGUUGCUUCGGAGGAGGAGGAGGAGACGAUAUCGAAGUACGUGGAUAAGGAGAAAGCUAAGGAUUUGAGGAAAGAGAGGCUGAUUUCUAUGGCUGCAAAGGCUUUGGAUAGGUAUAAUAACGACUCUAAUUACCGGUUCCUUUUCGAUUGCGUUUGUGAUUUGUUUGCUGAGCUUUUGAAAUCAGACGUGGCGUUUUUGGGUUGUGGGGAGGUUCAUAAGAUUACUCUUGCUGGGAAAUGGUGCCCGACGAUCGAUUCGUCGUACGACAAGUCGUUGUUAAUCUGCGAAGGGAUUGCGAGGCGGGUUUUCCCAAGAGAGGAGUACGAGGGAAUUGAGGAGGCACAUUAUGUGUACAGGGUUAGAGAUAGAUUGAGGAAACAAGUUCUUGCUCCCUUGCAUAAGGCGUUGCAGUUGCCGGAGGUCUACAUGACCGCUAAUGAGUGGAGCGGGUUGCCGUAUAACAGGGUUGCUUCGGUGGCCAUGAAGACUUACAAGUGGCAAUUUAGGAAGCACGAUAAGGAGAGGUUUGAGGAAUAUCUUGAGAAGGUGAAGAGCGGGAAGUCGAAGAUUGCUGCUGGGGCAUUGCUUCCCCACGAGAUUAUCGAGUCGCUGUAUCCUAAGAAUUAUUCUGAUGAUAAGGAUAGUGAUGAGGUGGCAGAGCUUCAGUGGGAAAGAAUGGUGAGUGAUGUUGCCAAGAAAGGGAAGCUCAAGAAUUGCAUUGCUGUUUGUGAUGUUUCCGGGAGCAUGAAUGGGACUCCGAUGGAAGUGUGCGUGGCGCUGGGGCUUCUAGUUUCGGAGCUAAGUGAGGAGCCCUGGAAGGGGAAAGUGAUUACGUUCAGUGAAAAUCCUCAGCUUCAUUUGAUUAAGGGGGAUUCUCUUUUGGCCAAGACUAAAUUCAUAAGGGAGAUGGAGUGGGGCUAUAAUACAGACUUUCAGAAAGUUUUUGACCAAAUCUUGCAAGUUGCAGUUGAGGGCAAGCUGACAGAAGACCAACUGAUCAAGAGGGUAUUUGUUUUCAGUGAUAUGGAAUUUGAUGUGGCAUCUGGGCAGCGUGGUGUUAAUUAUUAUGGGUAUGGCUCGUAUGGGAAUGUUGAUCGUGGGAAUGAUUCGAAUUCAUGGGAAACAGAUUAUGAAGCUAUACAGAGGAAGUUCAGGGAGAAAGGAUACAACAGAGUGCCGGAGAUUGUGUUUUGGAACCUUAGGCACUCGUCGUCAGUUCCAGUGGUUGCGAGUCAGAGUGGGGUGGCACUUGUGAGUGGGUUUUCAAAGAAUAUGUUGACUGUGUUCUUGGGUGAAGGUAGGAUUCAGACUUCCGAGGAUGUGAUGGAAUUAGCCUUAUCUGGUGAAGAAUACAAGAAACUUGUUGUAUAUGAUUGAGAUAUGUAAUGUAAAGCGUCUCGUGAAUCUUUUUCUUAUAAAUUCUGAAAGACUAAUCUUGAGUUGUUUGUUAGUCCUCUGGAAUUUUUAAUUGAGAAAUUUGCUUUUCACAA